AUGAGCGCACCUCAUUCUAAACCGUUUACUGUUCUCGUUGAGGGUAAUAUCGGAAGCGGAAAAACAACAUUUUUGGAACAUUUUCAACAAUUUGAAGAUAUAACACUACUUACUGAACCUGUGGAAGAAUGGCGCAAUCUAAGGGGGUGGAAUCUUUUAGACUUAAUGUACAAGGAUCCCGUUAAAUGGGCAAUGCCCUUUCAAUCGUACGUUACAAUGACGAUGCUAGACAUGCAUCGCCGGCCUACGGCUACCCCAGUGAAGUUAAUGGAGCGAUCAGUAUUUAGCGCUAGAUAUUGCUUUGUUGAGCACAUGAUGAGGACCGGAACCCUUCACCCGGCUCAGUUUGCUGUUCUCGACGAGUGGUUCAGGUUCAUACAUCGGGAGAUACCAAUUGACGUUGAUCUUAUCGUUUAUCUCAAGACAUCACCACUGAUUGUACAUGAAAGGAUAAAAAAGCGGGCCAGGUCAGAAGAACAGUGCGUGCCUCUGUCUUAUAUAGAGGAUCUACACAAAUUACAUGAAGACUGGCUUGUUAAUAGGACCUUUGCAGAGUGUCCUGCACCUGUUCUUAUGAUUGAUGCAGAUUUGGACCUAUCUCAAAUAACUGAAGAGUAUAAGAAAAGUGAACACCAAAUUCUAAGACGGGCAGUGGAUGUUGUGAUGCAAUCACCAAAUAAAAUGAGUCCAAAGAAGCCUAUUACAGGAUCUGCCAUUAAAAUAGUACCACAAAUUAGACUUUAACACAUAGCAUUACAAUAUAUAUAUAAAUUCAUAUAAUUUUAUAUUUCAAUAUUUAUUACUGAUUGAAUUUAAUUUUUAUCACAAGGCAAUUGUCGCAUUAAAAAAAAAAAAAUGAAAAAUAUGUACAGAUUUUGUGAGGUUCAAGACUUGCUGGCUUUUAGAGUUUGUAUUAUUAAACACUAAAAUUAGGUCUCCUACAUUCUUUAAAUAAUUUUUAAAAGACGGGCAAAUUCAUCCAUACUAUUUUGGCAUUAUUGAGAGCCAAUAAUUAAAAUCAAUAAAUUAAAAAAAAAAUGCUUGGUUUAAAAUAAAUAUUACUUGCACUGU